UUAUUUCUCAAGCACGAUCGGUAUUUCUGAAGUCGAUUAUAAUUCGGUCAUUAGGUGGCUUCCGUUUCCGGCAUCGCUACAAAAUGGAAGUCGGUGGAGGUGGUGCGUUAAAGAGAGCUGCUGCUGUUGGUUUACCAAAAUUACGGGAGAUAUUCAGAAGACAGCGUCGGGAUUCGGAGCCAACGUUUGCCGACACACCCGACCUAGACUUUCUAUAUGAAGAUGCUGACAAACACCAUUUAGAAAUAUCAGAGUUGUACAGCUACACGGAGGAAAAUGAGUUUAAAUUCAACCAACUUUUCUUCGAAGAGCUUCUUCAACAGUACACUUCCAGUAAGUGGUGUGAGCUCAGCUCGGAUGAGAAGCGGCAGCACAUCCUACGAUUGAUGGAACUCACCGAUAUAUCUGAUAGGAGUCAACGAAUGAAGGCCGUCAGGUCAUACCUCUACCUUGUACAAGGUGUAUUCGGAGAGGGUUCCAGCGAGCAGGAGGUGUGGAAAACAAGCCGGGAUAUGGUCUUCCUCCUCUACAAAUGUGGUGUGUUCACAGCUCUUGUGGAACUAUUGUACUUGGAGAUAGACAACAGCACGGCAGCGUCGGCGGCGCUGCGUAAGCCGGCCGUGUCUCUCGCGGACAGCACUGAUCUGCGAGUCAUCAUCUGCGUUCUCUACAUCAUGGUGGAGAAUGCGAGAGUCGAGGAAGCCGACGACGACGAUGCGACCAAGCAGCUCAUCAACAUGUUCCGAUACGAACUCGGUCAGCCCAUCCUUGGUGACGACCUACUAGCCGUAGUUCUGUUCGGCAUGGUUACAAAGUUCUGCAGCGGUAGUGCGCCUCACUUUCCCAUCAAGAAAGUUUUGCUGCUACUCUGGAAGACAAUCCUGGUGUCGCUAGGAGGCAUGCACAAGUUGUUUGAGUUGAAGAACGCGUACAGGGCCGACGAGGGAUUGGGCCCCGUGACAGAAGAUACGGUGAGCGUUACCAGGACAAUGCGUGCGGCAUCCCCGCCCGCGUCGGCCGCCGACCUGAUCGAACAGCAGCAGCAGCGCCGUCCUAUCGUGCGAGCGAGAAAGGGGGCACCCAUUGAUGAAGCUGUUACACUUGAUCCUAACGGCGAUAAGAUAGCCGCUACUGAUCAGUGGAAAGCUGAGUCGGCAAACGGCGGUGAUCAAAAUGGCGGCUUCCUGAGCGGUGCAAGGAGCGAAGAUUCAGAGCCGGGUUUGAUCAAACAGUCGAGCUUGGAUGACGAUGAGAAUGGCUUGGAUGAAGAGGUUGCGAGAGAGAUGGACAAUAACGCGAUAAACAACAGCGAUGAUGAGAUAAGACUUGACUCACCCUGCCCUGGGACUCCACCUCCUCCUGCUAAAGGCUUACCCUGGACUCCGAAAGUCAGGCAGCGAGACUUGGACGCGUUUCUAGACUACACGCGCGAGAAGUUUGUUGGCUUCCAGGUGCAGGGCGACCGCACGUCACUCGCGGGGCUGCCGCAACCCAUUCACGAGGGCAUCAAGGUCCUCACUGCUCAUCUGUACGUCUCACUGGCAGAGGUGCAGGUUAAGAGAGAGGAGGAGAUAGCUAAGCAUCCGAUGUCGAAGCCGGAGUGCAAUGUGAUGGACAGUCCGACUGAGCUGCUCUACCAACACACGCUGCCUAGUCUUGCACAGUACAUGAUUGCUCUGCUAAAGAUCCUCUUAGCGGCAGCGCCAACGUCCAAAGCCAAGACUGACUCGAUCAACAUCAUGGCUGAUGUUCUUCCAGAGGAAAUGCCCAUGACCGUCCUGCAGUCGAUGAAGCUGGGCAUCGACGUGAAUCGUCACAAGGAGAUCAUCGUCAAGGCGAUCUCCUCCAUCCUGCUGCUGCUGCUGAAGCACUUCAAGAUCAACCACAUCUAUCAGUUUGAGUUUAUGAGUCAACAUCUGGUCUUUGCAAACUGUAUACCUCUGGUGCUGAAAUUCUUCAACCAAAACAUCAUGGCAUACAUUACAGCGAAAAACACAAUCUCUCUCAUAGACUACCCACGGUGCGUGAUCGGCGAUCAACCGGAGCUCACUGCGGACACCCUGGAGGCAACACCUGGUGACAUGGCGCAGUACUGCUGGAGGAAUCUCUACUCCUGCAUCAAUCUUUUGCGCAUUCUCAACAAGCUCACAAAGUGGAAGCAUUCUCGCACGAUGAUGUUGGUCGUGUUUAAGUCCGCUCCCAUCCUGAAGAGGGCGCUGAAGGUGAAGCAGGUGAUGAUGCAGCUCUAUGUUCUCAAGCUGCUGAAGGCGCAGACGAAGUACCUCGGUCGGCAGUGGCGCAAGAGCAACAUGAAGACCAUGUCGGCGAUCUACCAGAAGGUCCGUCAUCGACUCAAUGACGACUGGGCGUUUGGAAACGACGUGGAUGCGCGGCCGUGGGACUUCCAGGCAGAAGAGUGCGCGCUGCGGGCGUGCGUCGAUCGCUUCAACAACCGCCGCUACAGUGCUGCCACCACGACCUUUGACCCCGAGUUCCAACCCGUCGACAACAACCUGCAGAGCGUGUUAGGACGCGAACUCGACCUUGGGGAAGAGUUCAAGUGCAAGUGGGAGGCGUGGGUCGACCGUGAGGUGAUUAACUCCAGUAUAUGCUGGGAGCAGCUGCUUGUGGACUGAUGCUGCAUGCACCCUCCGCGCGCGCACACACAUACACGUGAGGUUUAGCAUGUAGCAUCUCUUCUUCUUUUCAUUUUUCGAGCAGCAUUUCUUCAGAAGUUCACAUAUCCUCGUGAUUUAUUGUUUUCAGUAAGCAGACCAAGUAUUUACGAGGCGUGUCGCUAGAUAGGCAAUGUUUGGCUGUAAUGUAAACGAUGAAGAGCUCAUUGAGUUACGGCAAACGAUGAAUAAUUUAAAAGAUAAAAACACUCUGGUGUGCAGCAUUAUUGCUGGUAAAAUUAUUGGUGAUUUUUGUCUUGUACAACUUUUUACUUUUUACUGUGAAUGUGAAAUAACCAAAAACCUGAUUUUAUAAAUUUGCCUAUAUUUGUUAUAGGCAAUGCAGUCACUUUCGUGUUGCGAUGAUAAAAUAAGUUGUAUUUUGACAUUUAUUUUUGCAUGCAGUGUACCAGGUACAUACGAUGAAAGUAAUGUAUUUAUCGCGAACUAAUAUUUAACCGUAAUUAAGUUAUUGAACAUUAUAAGCACCGCGUAUGAAAUGACUAAAAAUAAACGUCAAAGCACAACUUGUGUUAUCAACACAGGCAGACGGAGCACAACCUGUCACACUAGCCAUCGUCACCAAUCAUACUAUAUACCCACCGAUCAGCAGAGGUCGAGUUCUUAUUCAUUUCCUUGGAAUAUUUAACGACAAAAUUGGUUAUGUAGCAGAAUUAAAAAUGUAUUCAACUGAAAAUGAUACUAAAAAACUUGCUGGUGCUGGCUGAUGCUCAAGUUUGGCUUUGUUCUGCAGUUCGGAAAUGAGGGGCAAAUUUACGCUGUGACCGCCUGUUGCUGUAUCUUUUAGAUCUUAAUCUUCAGGCAGGAACUUGUGUUUAUAGCAGAUUUCAAUAGCAUGCGUGUUAUUCUCUUAUCAUUAUUUAUAAGCUAUUCUUACAUGAAAGCGCGCGAUAUGUGUGUGGCACAUUGUUGCACCACAGGUCUCCAAUUAAGUCACACAGAACUCGCUCUGGAGUGGUUGAUACCGUGUGAAUUGUGUUAAUAUAUAGAUAUUUCUGCUGGACGUGCAUGCAAGCUAGAAAUAUUUCGCCUCGUAUUUUUGCAUGCACUUCCGAGCAGACAUGUUUAGUAUAUCCAAUUUGCACUGCUCCAUGUAAACGACGUCGAGUAUACCAAGUACUUGACUUGUGAUUACUAUAAUAUUAAUAUAUUGGUCUUCAUGUGCUCUCGAAUGUGAGAAAUAUUCUGUCGAUUUAUUGCUGUAUUUAUUGCCUGCCUGCAUGUACUGAAGAAAGAGUCACUUGUAUAUAUUAUGUUAGUAGCCAUUCAAAUUGCGAUCUGUGCAAGUUUGUGCGAGCCUUGUUGCUGACAGUAGUUGGUCCUAAUUGAGGUAAUAUAUAUAUAUAUAUAUCAUGAUGAUGACAUGAUAUUAUCAUGUGUAUAAUAUAUAUAUAUAUAUAUAUAUAUAUAUAUAUAUAUAUAUAUAUAUAUAUAUAUUGUACACGCCUUAUAAUAUUAUCUUCAGUUAGGGUUUGCUGUCAAGUUGUGACGUUUUCUGUGUAGAAUGCAUCCUUAGCUAUACUCUGUAAAUACCUGUAAUAAAUAAAUAAAAAGGGGAAUAAUGCACAAUAAAUAUAAUUGAGUAAAAUCAA